AUGGAGAAGAUGGAUAUACUGGAGCAGUCAUUUGCACAAUCUUCAAUCCUUGUUAAUGGUUGCUCAACAGAGAAGUUCAAAAACCAAAAAAGGCUUAGACAAGGUGAUUCUCUAUCACCCUUCCUGUUUAUUCUAGUGGUUGAGAUUCUUAUUAAACUGUUGAAUAAGGGAGAGCAACCGAAUAUGACAACAGGUUUUAAUGUGCAUGAUCAGAUCAGUGUGUCCCAUCUCCAAUUUGCAGGCCUUAGAGUGAAUCUGGAGAAAAGCACAGUGAUAAGUCUGGGAGCAUACCAUAAAAUUCAAGGCAUUACAAAGAUUCUCAACUGCAAGAUAAAAUCUCUUCCAUUUAAAUAUCUGGGAAUGCCUCUUGGAUCCACAGUUAGGCAGAGCAGUGUAGAGAUCCCAAUAAUUGAGAAGAUGCAGAAAAAUCUAGCAAAAUGGAAGAGAAGAUUUCUAUCUAAAGCUCAUAAACUACUGCUCAUAAACAGUGCAUUAGUAAGUUUGCCCAUCUGUUUUAUGUCUUUUCUACAUAUGCCAGUAGUAAUAGAAAAGAAACUGAUUAGUAUCAUGAGGGAUUUUCUUUGGGGAGAUACCUCAGAGAGGAAGAAGAUCAGCUGGAUAUCAUGGAAAAAAGUUGGCAAACCUAAGAAAUUAGGAGGGAUUGGCAUCGGAAGCUUGAGAGAAACAAACAAAGCCUCAAUGGUUGAAUGA